GUGGAGCUGAAACCCCUAUGCGGCUGCCACAGCUUCGCCGCCGCCGCUGACGGGCCCACGGUGUGUUGCAACCCCUACCACUUCAGCCGGCUCUGCGGGCCAGAAUCACCGCCACCCCCCUAUUCUCGGCUGUCUCCUCGUGACCAGUACAAGCCACUGGAUCUGUCCGAUUCCACAUUGUCUUACACUGAAACCGAGGCCACCAACUCCCUCAUCACUGCUCCGGGCGAAUUCUCAGAUGCAAGCAUGUCUCCAGAUGCCACCAAGCCGAGCCACUGGUGCAGCGUGGCUUACUGGGAGCACCGGACGCGCGUGGGCCGCCUCUAUGCGGUGUACGACCAGGCCGUCAGCAUCUUCUACGACCUACCUCAGGGCAGCGGCUUCUGCCUGGGCCAGCUCAACCUGGAACAGCGCAGUGAGUCGGUGCGGCGCACACGCAGCAAGAUCGGCUUCGGCAUCCUGCUCAGCAAGGAGCCAGACGGUGUGUGGGCCUACAACCGGGGCGAGCACCCCAUCUUCGUUAACUCCCCCACGCUGGAUGCGCCCGGAGGCCGCGCCCUGGUCGUGCGCAAGGUGCCACCGGGCUACUCCAUCAAGGUGUUCGACUUUGAGCGCUCAGGGCUGUUGCAGCACGCAGAUGCCGCCCAUGGCCCCUACGACCCACACAGCGUGCGCAUCAGCUUCGCCAAGGGCUGGGGACCCUGCUACUCACGACAGUUCAUCACCUCCUGCCCCUGUUGGCUGGAGAUCCUCCUCAACAACCACAGAUAGCAUCGAGGCUGCCACUGCGCUGCAGCGUCCCCCCACCUCCGGGGGUCAGCGCCCAGAGACGCCCCCCCAGGGACAACCUCGCCCUCCCCCCAGAUAUCAUCUACCUAGAUUUAAUAUAAAGUUUUAUAUAUUAUAUGGAAAUAUAUAUUAUACUUGUAAUUAUGGAGUCAUUUUUACAACGUAAUUAUUUAUAUAUGGUGCAAUGUGUGUAUAUGGAGAAACAAGAAAGACGCACUUUGGCUUGUAAUUCUUUCAAUACAGAUAUAUUUUUUUCUUUCUUUCCCUCUUUCCUUUUUUAAAGAAAAUUAUACAGCAGAACUAGGUGGAAAACCUGGGUUUGGUGUAUGGUUUUUUUAAACUAUUAAUGCCCAGACAAAACUAAUACCAGUCACUCUUGAUAAUAAAGUAUUUGCAUUAUA